AUGCUAUGUCUCUUUUUCUCUGCUUACAUUAUGACAGGAUACAGGGAUGAUAUUACACUCUUCCCUCUUCUAUGCAUGUCUCUUUUUCUCCUUACAUCUUCUAUUAAGAUCUCUCUUUCUUCUAUGCCAUGUCUCUUUUUCUCUGACAGACGAUACAUGGAUGAUAUUAAACACACUUCCCCUCUUCUAUGCUAUGAUACAGGGAUGAUAUUAAUCACCUCUUCCCUCUUCUAUGCUAUGUCUCUUUUCUCUGCUUACAUUAUGACAGGAUACAGGGAUGAUAUUAAUCACACUUCCCUCUUCUAUGCUAUGUCUCUUUUCUCUGCUUACAUUAUGACAGGAUACAGGGAUGAUAUUAAUCACACUCUUCCCUCUUCUUCUGUCUCUUUUUCUCACUUACAUUAUGACAGGAUACAGGGAUGUCUCUUUUUCUAUGCUAUGUCUCUUUUCUCUGCUUACAUUAUGACAGGAUACAGGGAUGAUAUUAAUCACACUCUUCCCCUCUUCUAUGCUAUGUCUCUUUUCUCUGCUUACAUUAUGACAGGAUACAGGGAUGAUAUUAAGCACACUCUUCCCUCUUCUAUGCUAUGUCUCUUUUCUCUGCUUACAUUAUGA